CAGGCGUAGAAUCCAAUGGGCUCCCGGCACCGUCGAAGCCGCCCAAUCAGAUUGUGGGGGUGGAGCUGCCUCCCUGUGGGCGGGGCCGGGGCGCAUCCCCGGGCGGCAGCAGCGGGGCAGGGUGAGGGGCGCUCGGAGGGCCGGCUGGUGGUGGUCCCGCCUGGGGCUCCCAGGAGUGAGCGUCCCAGCUGCACGAUGGACCAGCCAGAGCCGCCCGCCCCCACGCCCGAAGAAAGCGAGGUGAAAUACGACAGGAACAACAACGAAGAGGACGAGGGGGAGCAGUUCGAUUUCGACAGCGGAGACGAGAUUCCAGAAGCGGAUCGGCCAGCCGCGGGCGCCCCGGCCGGUGGGGGGGGCGCGGAUGCCGCGUCUGGUUCAGGAGGCGAAAUCAGGAGGGGAACGGACGCGGAGGCCCCGGUGGAAGGCCCGACACUUGAGGUCCCGACACGGGUGAACCCCUACUCCGUCAUCGACAUCACGCCCUUCCAGGAGGAGCAGCCCCCGCCCGCCGACCCGGAUGCCGAGGAGGAGAGCGCCAGCCCGCCGGUGCCCAGCGGGUACUCGGUGCCCGUGCCCUGCGGCUACGCUGUGCCCUGCAACCUCCCGCUGCUCGUGCCGGCCUACUCCAGCCCCGUCGUCAUCCGCGCCGCGUCCCUGGAAGAGGAAGAGACACAGGAAGUAGCAGAAGACAGCCCAUUUAAUUCUUUAAGUUCUGAGGAUCCAGCAAACAGUGACGAGCGAGCGCCUAAGGAGGACAGUGCCCUCGCCCGGUGGGCGGCGGACCCGGCCAACACCGCGUGGAUGGAGAAUCCAGAAGAAGCCAUUUAUGACGACGUGCCAAGAGAAAAUUCAGACUCUGAACCAGAUGAAAUGAUUUAUGACGACGUCGAGAAUGGAGAUGAAGGUGGAAACAGCUCUUUGGAAUACGGAUGGAGCUCCAGUGAAUUUGAGAGUUACGAGGAGCAGAGUGACUCCGAGUGCAAGAAUGGGGUCCCCAGGUCCUUCCUGCGCAGCAACCACAGGAAGCAACUUUCCCAUGACCUAACCCGUCUCAAGGAGCACUAUGAGAGAACGAUGAGAGCUUUGAUGGCAAGCACGGUGGCAGCCACAGAGAUUCAGCAACUAAAGCAGAAACAUGAACUGAAGAUGCAGAAACUGAUGAAGGCUGCGAAGGAGGGCACUAAAGACGGGCUUGAGAAGACCAAGGCUGCCGUGAAGAGAGGCCGCUCUCUCAUUAGGACCAAGUCCUUCAUGGCUCCAGAUCACAGAUCUUGUCUCGAAGAGGAGCAGAAUCUAUUUAUCGACGUGGACUGCAGGCACCCGGAGGCCAUCCUGACGCCGAUGCCUGAGGGUCUGUCUCAGCAGCAGGUGGUAAGAAGAUACAUCCUGGGUUCAGUUGUGGACAGUGAGAAGAACUACGUGGAUGCUCUCAAGAGGAUUCUGGAGCGCUACGAGAAGCCACUGUCGGAGAUGGAACCGAAGAUCCUGAGUGAGAGGAAGCUGAAGACGGUGUUCUACCGGGUCAAAGAGCUGCUGCAGUGCCACGGCAUGUUCCAGAUCGCGCUGGCCAGCCGCGUGGCCGAGUGGGACUCCGUGGAGACCAUCGGGGACGUCUUCGUGGCUUCGUUUUCCAAAUCCAUGGUGCUGGACGCCUACAGUGAGUAUGUGAAUAAUUUCAGCACAGCCGUGGCAAUCCUCAAGAAAACGUGUGCCACGAAACCUGCUUUCCUUGAAUUUCUAAAGCAGUGCCAGGAAAGCAGCCCCGACCGCAUCACACUCUACAGCCUGAUGAUGAAGCCCAUACAGAGGUUCCCGCAGUUCAUCCUCCUGCUGCAGGACAUGCUGAAGAACACGUCCAAAGGGCACCCUGACCGGCUGCCCCUUCAGAUGGCGCUGACGGAGCUGGAGACGUUGGCGGAGAAGCUCAACGAGAGGAAGAGGGACGCUGACCAGCGCUGUGAGAUCAAGCACGUGGCCAAAGCCAUAAACGAGCGAUACCUGAACAAGCUUCUCAGCAGUGGGAAUCGGUACCUCGUGCGGUCUGACGAUAUGAUCGAAACCGUGUACAACGACAGAGGGGAGAUCAUGAAAACCAAGGAGCGUCGGAUCUUCAUGCUGAGUGAUGUGUUGGUGUGUGCCACGGUCAGCACACGCACCUCGGACAGCAGCACGAUGUCCACCAGCCAAAGGUAUUUGUUAAAGUGGAGCGUUCCUCUCGGACACGUAGAAGUAAUAGAGUACGGCAAUAAUGAAGGUGCUGGAGAAAACAGGUGUCCCCCGGUGUACCCACCUGAGAGCCUGGCGGUCGUUGCCAACGCUAAGCCAAACCAGGUGUACGUGGGGCCGGGACAGCUGUACCAGGAUCUGCAGAACCUCCUACAUGACCUGAACGUCAUCGGUCAGAUUUCUCAGCUGAUCGGUAACCUCAAGGGGAACUAUCAGAACCUAAACCAGUCAGUAGCCCACGACUGGACGUCAGGUUUACAAAGGCUCAUCUUGAAGAAAGAAGAGGAGAUCAGGGCUGCGGACUGCUGCAGACUCCAGUUACAGCUUCCCGGGAAGCAGGACAAGUCCGGGCGGCCCACGUUCUUCACGGCUGUGUUCAAUACGUUCACGCCUGCCAUCAAAGAGUCCUGGACCAACAACUUGAAGAUGGCCAAGCUCGCCCUGGAGGAGGAGAACCACAUGGGCUGGUUCUGCGUGGAGGAUGACGGGAAUCAGAUUAAGAAGGAGAGACACCCCCUCCUCGUGGGACACAUGGCAGUGACGGUGGCCAAGCAGCAGGAAUUCAAGAUCGAAUGUGCCGCCUACAAUCCUGAGCCCUGUGUGAAUAAUGAGGUUCAGCCGGAUUCGUCGUCCACGGCGCACGGUUUUCUGUGGAUUGGAAGCUGCACCAGUCAGAUGGGCCAGAUCGCCAUCGUCUCCUUUCAAAGCUCCAGCCCCAAAGUCAUCGAGUGCUUCAACGUGGAGUCUCGGACGCUGUGCAUGGUGUUCAUCCCUGCGGAACCCGGGGUCGCGGCCGGGAGGGCGCCGGGCGUGCCCACCAUCUGCCUGGGCACUGAGGAGGGGAGCAUCUCCAUUUACAAGAGCAACCAAGGCUCCAAGAAGGUGCGUCUGCAGCACUUCUUUACCCCGGACAAGUCCACGGUCAUGAGCCUUGCCUGCGCGGCCCAGAGCCUGUAUGCCGGCCUGGUCAACGGGGCCGUGGCCGUCUACCAGAAGGCGGAAGAUGGAUCCUGGAGUCCUGAACCUCAGACAGUGAUAAAACUAGGCGUGCUACCAGUUAGAAGUCUCGUAAUGACGGAGGACACGUUAUGGGCAGCUUCGGGAGGUCAAGUUUUUACAAUCAGCGCCGAGACCCACACAAUAGAGAAUCAGCUGGACGCCCACCAGGAAGAAGGCAUGGUGGUCUCUCACAUGGUUGUCGCUGGCGUGGGGAUCUGGAUCGCCUUCACCUCUGGGUCCACGCUCCGCCUCUUCCACACGGAGACGCUCAAGCAUCUGCAGGACAUCAACAUAGCCACGCCUGUGCACCAUAUGCUGCCAGGGCACCAGCGCCUGUCAGUGACCAGCCUGCUCGUCUGCCAUGGCCUGCUCAUGGUCGGCACCAGCCUGGGCUUCGUGGUGGCCCUGCCCGUGCCUCGUCUGCAGGGGAUCCCCAAAGUGACCGGAAGAGGCAUGGUCUCCUACCAUGCACACAACGGGCCCGUCAAGUUCCUGGUCAUGGCCACCGCCGCCCUCAAAACAGACAAGGACAAGCCCUCGGGCAGCCCGCCACCCGGCGCAGACCCCCAGGACGGAGACCAGAAGGAUGUGUUGCCGGGCGAGGGGCCGGGCCCCGGCCUGAGUCAGAGCAGCCCAGACGCCGUCUGGCUGGGGGGCUCGCUGGGCUCCGUGACCCACAGAAGCGAUUUCUCCUCGUCGUCCGGGUCCCUGACCCCGUCGCAGGGCUCAGGCUCCCUGGAGCCCAGAGCGGAGGAGAGCGUCGUCUACGACCUCCUGCGGCUCCCCAGCAUGUUGCCGAGCAGAGGGCGGCGGGUCAGGAGGGCGAAAGCCAGCUCGGUGCUGGUGGUGUGUGGGGGCCAGGGCCACCGGCGGGUGAGCAGGAAGGCCCGGCCGCAGCGCCCUGAGGAGCUGGCCGCCUCCAUCAUGGUCUGGCAGAUCCCCCUGCUGAACGCGUGAGUCCGCGGCCCAUCUGGGUGGCCGCGUCCUUGCGGCCAAGCCAGGCGACCCGAGGGCUGUAGCCGUGUCUACACUGGUUGAGGGUAAAUCACGUCUUGGGGGAAGAAAUGUGCAAUACCGUCGCGGUGGUGUUUUCCGGAGCGGAAGCCAGCACAGACGCCCGUGAGGGGACAGAGGACCAGGCCGGGUUGCAGCCGUGUUGACGUCCGGGGGUGACCGCGUGCUUCGCGAGCGCGGCAGACCACGUGGAAACACAGACGCUCCGCACCCACUCGCGGGCCCUGCUGCUUAGAGAGUUCGCGGACUCAGAACUUAUGGGGAAAUACAGCUUAUUCCGUCGUAGAGAAACUUAUUAACAAUUCCUAGAGUAACCUUACUCGAUUCAGAGUCUCUCCUUUUAUUUAUAUUGUAUAUCUUUAAAUUCCAGCACAGAGUCCGUAACGCUGAAGAGAGCCAGCUAACGUCCCCCCCGUCCAGGUGGUGGUAUUUGCUUUCUGAAGUGAAGUGGGUUUUCCAAAGCGGCAUAAUGUGCGUGUUGUGUAUUUUAACAAAGUAGUAUUUUUGUACUGCCUUUUUUUUCUAUUAAAGAUUAACAGUUAAUGUUUUAGUCAAUAUAUCGUCUGUAACGUUUCACAAAUAACGUUCGGCUUUGAACCAAAAUGCUCAAUACCUUAUCAACAUUUAGACUCGAGCGUCCACACCAGAAGAUCCUUCCCUCUUCCUCGCAAGGAGCAUCAAUACCCACAUUAGAAAUGCACGUUUCCCUCUCGUAGGAGAUGCACACUGAGCGUGUCCUCAGCUCUUUCAGGGUGUUUCCCGCACCUGCUGACCUGGACCUCGGUGCCUGCUUCGAAUAUGCCUUCUGAGGUUACUCAUGGUGCUAGAGAGUGUGGGUGUGUCCCUGCUGGGGUGGGACACAGGCCGGGGACACUGCCUCAGUGUGCCUCCUGCAAGCACGCAGGCUUGCAUUCUGUGGUCACAAAGCCCCCGCGUGGUCGAGGCGUGCGGGCGAGCAGUGGGCCCCGUCCCGUGCAGCGUGGGUUUACGUCUCCGUGUCGUACUCACUGAGCGGUUUGAGAACAUUAAUGCGGGCAUCACCAGAGAUAAACUUCUCAGCACUUUACAGAUGACUAAAAAAUGCUAAUUUUAUGCCUUAGCCAAAUAUUUCCCAAGGUGCACAUAUACCCCCACGCGAAAGUAAUCUCUCCCCAAGCUUUCUUAAACUGUUAGCUGCUACCUGAAGUCAUAAAUAAAGUCUUUUUAUUUAAAAA